CUGUUUCAUCCGCCUGGAAGGCUAGUCCGCGUUCCCGACACCGUGGUCCGGAGGGUGGGGUCCACACAUCCACGGUAAUCCAACAUGGCGCCACUACUGUUUGCUCUGGUCCUUGUGACCAGUCUACACAAAGCGUCAACUGCAAUCCCUGGCGUCAUUCACGUGACAACCAUUGAGCACUGGCCCUUCCUGAUGCCCAACCACAAGACUGGUGAAGGCUUCGAGGGUAUCAUCGUCGACAUCCUUGACGAGGUCGCCCGGCGCUGCAACUUCUCCUACACCCUCGACCUGGUGAAAGACAACACGUGGGGGAGACGGCGGCAGGACGGGACGUGGACAGGGAUGAUUGGAGAGGUCAUCAACAAUGAGGCCGAUAUCGCGGCCGCCCCUCUGGUUAUUGUGUCCGAGCGGUCAAGGUUCAUCCGCUACACCCAGCCCUACAUGUCCUCCGGGAUCCGGAUACUGUACACGAAGCCUUCUGAUUGGCUGGCAUCCCACGCCUUCCUCCUCCUCCUCAAACCCUUCUCCCUCUGGAUGUGGGGCAUCCUGGCUCUCACCCUGGCCGUCAUCACCGCCCUCUUCACCGUUAUCGUCCGAUACAGCCCAUACGAGAAAUGGUCAUUUAUACUUGGCAGGGAGGAUGAGGAACCCCUGGGGGAGAGGUCCCUGUCCAGUAGUCUCUUCCACACUCUGAGUACACUGAUGUGGCAGAGAAGCCGUUGUCUGCCCCGGUCAUCGUCCGGCCGUGUCUUGACCUCCGCCUGGUGGUUGUUCUCCAUCCUCGUCCUUGUGUCCUUCGUCUCCAGCCUCACCGCGCUCUUCCUCACCAACGACUCCAGCAUCUACAGCGUGCCCUUUACAUCGUUCGAGGAGCUUGUCCAGCAAGACGACGUAUCCUUCGGCUGCGCGAAAUACGGCCACAUCGCAUCAUUCCUCGAGACAUCCCAGGAACCGUUAGCCAAGCGACUCUGGGAGCAGAUUAACAGGGACGAUGCUAAUCUGGUCCAAACAACUGCCGCCGGCAUCACGAAAGUACGAGCAUCUCGUGGCGCCUAUGCUUUCAUGAUGGAAGGACCAAUGGCUGAAUACGCAGCUGGAGGUGCGCCCUGUGAUCUCAUCACGCUCGGACAACCGCUGAAUGACAAAGGAUAUGCGUUUGCUUGUAACAUUGCAAGCGAUAUAUGUAACGUCAUUGACAACAAAAUCCUUGAAAUGAAAGAAGAGGAUGUGAUCUUGAGGAUCAAGGAGAAAUGGAUGAACAGAGGAUGUGAUGCGACAAAGGGGAGAGAACUCAUAUAUGACGGUGUUGACUUUAUCGACACAAUGGGAUUGAAGGGGUCUUUGGUUUAUGACAAGCCUGUUACAGUGCGAAAGUUUACAGGGGUACUGGUUCUGUUCCUCCUCGGCGCUGUUCUAGCUAUUGUCUGUCUGUGCGCUGAAGCGAACAGUACCAAAAGAACCAAAUAUAAAUGGAAACGUGAAGCCCUUGCAACUUCCUUUGACAAUCCUAAUCUGUCUGUUGAACGCCAUGUACAGGGGAGUGAGAGCGACCUCUAAUUCUCAGACGUCGUCAGCAACGAUAACGUCCCGGCAUUUCCACCGUGCGGAAAGAUUUGUUACAGAGAGAUUAUUUCUGUGAUGGCAUAAAAUAAAUUUCAGAUGCUAAUCGUCACUAUAUAGCCGAACAUGUCCUGAUCCAAAACUAUCAGGAUUCCAAUGAAUCAGCAUGAUUUUCUAACUUCAGAAUAUUUCCCUUUUUGUGUUAUGUAUUGAAUUCUUUGGGCGCGUGAAGAAUGAGGUUAGAAUGGGUCUUCAGCAACCCAUGCUUGCCGUAAAAGGCAACUAUGUGUGUCGUAAGAGGCGACUAACGGGAUCGGGUAGUCAGGCUCGAGACUUGGUUGAUGCAUGUCAC